UACAAUAUAUUUUUCACAUACAUUGCAGCAGGUUGUCAUUAGCCUACAUCUCCAAGUAAAUAUUACUCAUUAAAAACUGGAUGUUGUUGUUUAAUAAAUAACAAGUAAUAAUAAAUUAUGACUGAAAUAAUGAAGCGACGAUUUUUAAUUGUUUUUUUAAUUAUUUACUCACUGUCACUUGGCAACGCCCUAGAGUGUUAUGUCUGUGACAAUCAGGAGGGAAAUAGAGAAAAAUGUUUGAAUUCAAUAAUAACAUGUGAGCACACUGAAGAUGCUUGUUACACUGAAAUAAGAUGGGGAAGUCUGCCUUAUUGGUCCGAAGGAGCUCCAAAGCAAUACUACGUUUCGAAGAAAUGUAUGUCUUAUGAUGAGUGCGAUAGACAGAAAAAAAGAAAUAUGAAAGAUUGCACUUAUGUGUGGUACCAAGAUUGGAAAUGUUCUGAUUGUUGUAAAGGAGAUCGUUGUAAUUAUUAUAUUUUCGUAAAGAUCAUGAAAAUAUUUGGAUUUGGUAGGAUAAUAAAUGCGUUCACGAGGAAAAAAUUAAUUUCAACACCUUCGGAGUCUGGUCUAGCAAGAUGUCUUUCAACAUUAGACCUCACGGCUCUUGGUAUUGGAUCGACUCUUGGUGUUGGUGUUUACGUUCUUGCAGGAUCUGUUGCUAAGAAUCUCGCCGGUCCGGCUGUGGUGAUUUCUUUUGCUAUCGCUGCGGUGGCUUCAAUGUUCGCAGGUCUCUGCUAUGCAGAGUUCGGCGCCAGAGUACCCAAGGCAGGGUCAGCUUACGUCUAUAGUUACGUUACAAUGGGAGAGUUUACCGCGUUCUUAAUCGGCUGGACCCUCAUUCUGGAGUACGUGAUCGGUUCUGCGAGCGUCGUCCGGGGCCUCAGUACUUACGUCGAUGCUUUAUUCAAUAAUUCCAUGCGAACUGCUUUUCAAUCGGCGGCUCACUUUGAAAAUGAUCAUUUUUCUCCCUACCCGGAUUUCUUUGCCUUCGGAAUCACAAUCGCAUUCUCUGUCGCUCUGGCAUUUGGAGCUAAAGAGUCGUCGCUGGCAAAUAAUUUUUUUACUCUAGUAAAUUUAGGAGUCGUGCUAUUUGUCGUUGGUGCUGGAUCUAUAAAAGCGAACGUAGCGAAUUGGAAAAUUAAUACCGGGUGCACAAAAGAACCGUGUGGCGAACGUGGAACCGGAGGAUUCGCACCUUACGGAAUCGCGGGAAUAAUAAAAGGAGCAGCUUCAUGUUUUUAUGGAUUCAUCGGGUUCGAUUGUGUAGCAACGGCCGGUGAAGAAGCCAAAGAUCCUAAGAAGUCAAUCCCCAUCGCUAUCGUCGCCUCACUUACUGUUGUCUUCCUCGCGUACUUCGGAGUCUCUGCCAUCCUGACGACAGUUCUGCCGUACUAUGAACAAGACCCCAAUGCUCCAUUCCCACACCUCUUUGAAGUAAUCGGGUGGGAUUGGGCCAAGUGGUUCGUGUCCAUCGGCGCGAUCUGCGGUCUGUGUUCAAGUUUACUUGGUGCAAUGUUUCCCCUACCGAGAGUUAUCUACGCAAUGGCUUCAGACGGUUUGAUAUUUAAAUGGAUGGGCAAAGUCAGCUCGCGUUUUCACACUCCAAUGAUGGGUACACUUUCAGCAGGAUUUCUAACUGGAGUACUUGCUGCUAUUUUUAAUCUAGACCAACUUGUCAAGAUGAUGAGCAUUGGAACUUUACUCGCAUAUUCAAUAGUCGCAGCAUGUGUCCUUAUUUUGCGGUAUGAAGAAAGUGAAGCGUAUGAAAAAAAAGUUGACAGAGAUCCAAGGACAUUGAAAUUUAUUGUAAUGCAAUUGAUAAAUGCAAAUAAUAUCCAACUUUCAACAAAACUCACCUCUCAAAUUGUUUCUGUUCUUGUAUUUAUUUACUUCAUUCUUUGCUUCUUGAUUACGGGCCUCCUUACAACUUUUGCCACCGAACUAUCCGAGGGCAGACCCUGGCUAAUUGCAAUACUUGCAAUUUUAGUGAUACUUCUGAUUGCUAUCCUUGUGUUUAUUUAUUAUCAGCCUGUUUCAGGGAAGAAAUUAACAUUCUCUGUUCCACUGGUUCCAUUUUUACCAGCGCUCAGCAUCAUCAUAAAUGUCUAUUUGAUGAUGAUGCUGGACGUCAUGACGUGGAUAAGAUUUUCGAUAUGGAUGGCUAUUGGACUAUUCAUAUAUUUUUCAUACGGUGUUUGGAAUAGCAUACACCGCGUGAAGACUUAGUGAUACAUGAGAUUAAUUAAGUUAAUUUAUAAGUUUAAAUGUAAUAUUAAUAAUUAACAAAAUAAAUAUCUAUUUAUAAAUAAUA